GAAUCGUUUUGCAGCACUGUUUGUCAAUUUUGUUUUGCAGCACUUUUGGAAUCCUUGAAUGAAAAUAACGUUUAUUCUGUCACAUGUCUUCAUUCCAUCCAGAAGUUUUGUGAAAGGGCGAUCAACAUGCCUUUAAUGCCGAAUGUGCCACACAUUGUUGGGGACGACGACGAUUUAAGCGAAGCGGAUGACCAAGCACAAAUAGCCACACCGUGCACAGUGGGUGAGCCGAGUUCCCAGGAGAGAAAGACAGCCGACUCCCCCUCAUCGGAACUCUCCGAGUCUUCCUAUGAUAAUGACAGCGAAGCUGACGAGGAGGAUACGAAUAAUAGUACGGCAGAGGAGGAGGAUUGGUCCAACAAUAUUACUUACAUAGUUCGCACUCCGGACCGUGAGCCGGAACAGUUGGUAGUGGAUGGCUCCCCAAAAGUAGAUGACGUGGAACUGCCCGAGGACAUAGCACAAACUGAAAAUGUCGAGGCAGUUGAUCACACCGAAGAUAUGGAUACGGAAGAUGCGGAUACACAACCAGCCACAAGAACUGAGCGAUUGGCACCCAGCGAACGUAGCUCUCCAAUGGAAGAGAAUUCCAGAACGAAUGAUGCAAUAUCUGUCAAUUCCACGCCAGAAAUGGAGUCGGAGUUAGCAACUAGGGACUACGAGCUGGAGGAUACGUGUGCGGACAAGCCGCACACGAGCAGACCGGCUCGGCUUAAGGACUCGCCGACCGGCAAGCCAGCUGCCGUGGAGUACUUCUCGCCGCCUUCACGACGCCAAUCGCUGCGCUCGGCAAAUCGCACCAGCCAGAGCCAGAGCCAGAGCCAGAGCAAAGCUGUGCCGCAGCCGGCGGCCAAGACGGCGCGCAGUCGUCAGCGCAAAUCGAAGCCCAGCACCGACUACUCGCCGGUGAAAAGAAUUGGCGCACGAGUCGCCAAGCGUUCCAGGCAGUCGCUGACACUGACGCUGAACAAGUCGCCCGUCAAGAAGCCGGAUGUGCCUCUGGCCCGGCCAGUGGAGGUGACCGAAUACUUCACCAGCAUCUCCGCUACGCUGGUCAGCCAUCGGGUCAAUCUGCUGCCGUUUCUGUAUAUGCGCAAGCGCAUUGAUCGCUUGGUGGGUGAGGCCAUAGCCAAGACGAGGAUUCAGCGGGAAAACAAUCCAGUAAAUGCCGUUUAGAUAGAUUAUCAAACUUUGUUAACAUGCUCAGCUAAAUGCAUCACCGAACAAUUAAUUGAA